AUGGAACAAGUACCUGAAUCUUCGUCUCAAACAUUAAUAAUUAAUAAUAAUGGUGGUAGUACAUAUUCAGCAGGUGGGGAAUUAGUUAAUAAUUUGGCUUCUUUAACAAUAAAUAGUGAUAUAACUCCACAACCAACAAAUGAUCAAUUAUUUCAAGAUUAUUCCACUACAGAGCUAGGCGAUAUACACGUACCCGAGUACGAUAUUGCUCGUACUCAUACUCGUACUCGAAGGGUCGAUACUCAUACUCGUACUCGAAGGGUCGAUACUCAUGCUCGUACUCGAAGGAUCGGUACUCAUGCUCGUACUCGAAGGAUCGGUACUCAUACUCGGAGGGAUGGAUACAAGAGACGGGCCGUACCCACCCAUGUCUGUUCCACUAAUAUGGCAAAUGAAUGGGAUCCAUUAACAUUUAGUGAUUGGGAUAUACAAAUGCCGACUGCAGUUUGUAUAACACGAAUCAAAUGUGAUAUUUCAAAUAUAUUUAAAGAUCCACCACCAGGAAUUUUUAUUUCACCUGAUUCUGAUAAUCUUACUAAAAUACAUGCUCUUGUCAUUGGUCCAUCGGAUACACCAUAUCAAGGUGGUUUUUUUU